AUGAGUUCGCGUGUUAAUAGUGGAGGAUCAACUAUAUCAGGCUCUUCGACUGAAUUUUCUUGCAUUGAGGCUGACAAGGAAAACAUACAGCCUUUAAAGCAAGGUCGUUCUGCUAAUAAUUUGGUAAAGGCCUUAUCUUUGAAUAAGGAAACAAGGAAAGAAGUUCUUGCUAGAGAAAGAGAUCAAUUUGAAGCUUCUUUAGAUCCUGCUCAGCUUGAGGACCUAGAUGAUCCGCUGGAUCCUUACCUAAAAUAUCUGGACUGGAUCCAUACUAAUUAUCCUUCUGGGGCUAACACAGAAUCAGGACUAAUUCAGCUGCUGGAAAGAAUAACACAUGAUUUCAAAGACGACGAUUAUUACAAAAACGAAGUUCGCUACUUCAAGGUUUGGCUUGAGUAUGUGAAGUUUAGUGAUAACCCGCGAGACAUAUUCCAUUAUCUUUACAAGAAAAAGAUUGGUCUCUCUCUUACGCUUUUGUACGAGAGCUUUGCAAACUUCAUGGAGGUAGAACAGGACUUCAAAAAGGCAGAGGAACUGUACCAAGCAGGAAUUAAUGCCAAAGCUAGGCCACUCAAUCGACUGAUUCGGGCAUACGAAAACUUCAAGAUCAGAAGAGCGCAAUCCUCCCAAGUCCAGAAGAGACAGGGAUUAGGUGUUUUGCAAAACCCAUCUGGAGGGGGGUUGGAAAAGGUGGCAAAGCUAGCACCCUCUCGCAGCUCUAAAGCUUUUGCUGUUUUCAAUGAUUCGGAAGCAAAACCUUCAUCGGCCAAUGAUGGCAUAUGGCAGCAUCUUGAUACGAUAGACAACUCGAGGAAGGAGAAUGUGAUACGCCCCACAUCUUGGUCGGGAGAAAAACUUUUGCAACAAAGGGUGCCCAAAGCGAACGAGCCUACUUUUGAGGUUUUUAGAGACGAUGAAUUGCGCUUUCCUGUCACCAAGAUUAUACACAAUCCAGGUAAACGAACUGAAAAGUUUGAUUUCAAUUUUGAUUUAUUAUACGCUGACAAAGAGGACGAGAAAAGUUUGAUGGAGAUACUGCUUCUCAGUCGUGGCGUGUACUAUUUAGCAAAGAAGCGAAAAUCCGAGCGCACAUUUGAUACACCGUCUAAAAAGCACACACCUUUAGUGGAUUCUGAAAAUGAAACCAAAUUGCUUAACUCGCCAACGCUUACGUUCUACUCACGGCAGUCCAUGAAAGAGGUUCUUCAGAUGCUCAAUCAACCGUUGAAGGAGACUAAAGUUAGCACCGAAGAACCUCCUUUGGAUGAAGGACUAAGCGAUUUUGUUACAGAAACUAUAACCAACCACACACCUGCUACGCCAAGAAAGUUGACAAAUGACGACACGGGCAUGUUGAGUUCCCCGUUUGUGGAAGAGCCUCUUCACUCUGAGCCUGGAAAAGGGGAUGUGUUGAUCAAUCCCUUUGAUCACAAUCUGCAAAAGAAUCUAUUAUACAAGCAAUCGUCGCACCUCUUACACUAUAAAGAUUACCACCAGUCAACCACCAAGCGCGAAAAAUGCAGUAUCUUAAGAAGUUUGCUGAAACCACAUGCAGCUCCAAUAAUGGGUAGUCGUCAGUUGAUGAUGGAAUUCGAAGGCGAGACGUUUUGUUUCACGAAACAGCUAGGAGUUGUGGAUAAAGCAGCCACAUAUUUGAGCGAGAAAUCAGACGGAUCAGUUGCAGCAAUAAAGGUUUGUUCACCUCCGGUAGAAUGGGAAUACUACAUCCUCAAGCAGAUGGAAGUCAGAGCGCCGGGAAACUUUAUUAAAGUCAUUGAUUUCUAUAAAUUUGAGGACGAGUCGUACCUUAUCUUGCCAUACCUGAAACAUGGGACCCUCUUGGAUCUGAUUCAGCUGACAUCGCAAUCAAAAUCACUUAAAUUGGAAGAAUCUAUGGUUAUUUACCUUGCUGCACAGCUGCUGAAGCAAAUCUCUAUUCUGCAUUCUAUAAGUAUAGUACACGCGAACCUCAAGGCAGAGAACUGCAUACUGAAUCUGACUCCAAACACGAAGCCUAGCUACCAGGACUUGAAAGUGAUUGAUUUUCAAGACUCAAUCGACUUAUCGCUAUUUCCUGAGAAUGUCCGUUUUUCUGCCCAAUUGUCAGCCAAUACCUAUCCUCCGGAUGAAAUGUGGAGAUCUUGGAGGUACGAGCCUGACUACUAUGGACUGGCAAACAUCAUCCACAUGCUGUUAUUUGGCAGAGAAUUGGGAGGUGUGAAAGCCAGUUCAAAUAAUUUUAAAAUACGUGAAGACAUGCCCAGCUACUGGCAGAGAGAAUUAUGGAACGAGCUUUUCAAAGUUCUCUUAAAUUCACGGGAUAUCGAUUGCGAGCAAGGAAGUCCUCUCAAGUUGCUAGCUGGCAAAUUCGAGAACUGGGUUAAUCUUAACUGGUCUUCUUGUGGUCUCUCCAGACAACUGGCAAAGAUCACAGAAUUUUUGGACGACCAAAGGAAGAGGAAUAAAAUAUAAUGCAUUAUGAACGUCUAAUUAAACUUUUGAUGCGUUGGGCGCAUUUUUUAAUUCUGGAUCGUAAUAUGGUGAUCCUGCUUUCCUUCAGUUUCAACUCUGCUUCUUCCUCUGUGACGGUUUUCUUUGUCAAGAGAUUGAAGAUCGAACCAAAAGCCAAUGACAUCACUGUGGAAGUUAAAAUAAUAACAUUGUAAGGCAUAGAAAAGUCAGGCGUCGGAAGAGUUAGUAGUGCCGUAGUAGUUCUCAUUUCGUAGACCACCUUAUGCGAGUUGCGAUCGAGGACCGAUAUCACUGCUGGUUCAAUCUCAAAACCGUGAUUUGCGUCUGGCGGGUAUUCUGCAUACAAUAGCAUGGCCUUAUCAAACUCAAGAGAAAGUUUGAUUUUCGUGUGCGCUGGGAUGCUGACGAGCAAUUCCAAGUGAGACGGUUUUUGUCUGUCAAUUGCUGGAUUAUAGAUAAUACCCUUGACGUAUUGGUCAAACUGUGGAUCUGCCACCACAUGCGUAACAGUAGAAUUUAUGGUUAACGUCAGGGUAUGGAGGUAAAUGCGGACAAACCAUGGUAUCGAUUCAAAAAUGAUGAUGUCUGAGUCCUCAUCGGUCGGAUUCUUCAAAUCUAUUCUGAAUCCCCCGGAAUCCUGGGAGUAGCCAGAGAGUGAUCUGGAUGCAAAGAUGGGAGGGCUUUUCAAAGGCUUAAUCUUUUUUGUGUCUUUUGCUUUGAACAGCAAAUUGUACUCAUUUGUAUCUUCGAUCGCGAAACAUGUCUUUCCGUCCUCCAAAGUGGGUGUUAUCUUGGUCUGGGAUUGAAUUUCACUACUCCAAUACUCCAAAUUGAGGUCUGCACAGACUUUAGUUGGUUGUGACGCAAGCAAUGCACCACCUUGGAUAUUUUUGCCAAAGAGGUCGGCUAAGGAGAACUCCAGCUCUGAGAUAUCAUCAAGAGGAAAACAAUGGAAUGCAUCAAAAGGUUUUGUCGGAUCGCAUUUGAGUUGUGAGCCAGGAGUGGGUUUAGGGAUAGGCAUUCGGUUCCGUUCCAAGGUCAUCGGUACAUCUAAUAUCAAGUUGAUGGAUUGUUCCAUUUCGUAAUGGCAUUUUGUUCCCGAGCAGUGGGUGGUGACAUCGAUUGACAUGGAGGACCACUGCGAGUUGAAAACUUUGUGUCCGGUGAGUAAAGACGAAAUUCCUGCUUUGCCUUUGGUUGGGAGAAGUUUUAGAAACGGCGUCAAGUUUUCAGUGCAGACAGGUUCCCGGGGCAAUGCGCUUCUUAGGAGAAAAAGAUCAUUUCUAAAAGACACGUUUUGUGCCAACAUAGGAGCUGUUGGCUGGAAUACGGUAACAGGAUAGGUCGUCGAAGAAGUAUCAAUGAAAUUCAGGGAGGCGCAGAAAAGGCCCGACAAACAGUUAGCCAGUUUGAUCCAGUCUUUGAAGACGGUCUCCUCGUUUUGGCCUUCAACAACCGCCCACAAUUCGACACCCGUUCCCCCGCUGUGUUUACCUUGGUACGGUAGUUCCCCAUAAACUUCCGGGUCAUACCAUCCCUGACUGAACCGAAGAUGGAGUUCUCUUGUGUUUGUAUCCUGGAGAAUGGGUCCCAAAAGCUUGGAAAACGUAGAAUAAUGGAACGUCUUAUCUUCGGGCUCGUACAACUCAAACUCUGAUGAAUUGAUCUUGAAGUUAAACGACGCAAGUAGGUUGUUACGUUCUAAAGGCCUAAACUCCAAUGACUCCUCAUAAGGGUACUGCACAGAUGCUCUACAAAGUGUGCAGAGCAACAGAACAG